CCGAGCCCCUCCUCUAACUCGAUAUUACCAUUCCCCUUUCUGUCAUCUGACACCCCGACCAAGCCCAGAUCCGCACUGCUCAUAAAAGCAGCUCAAAGCCACUCUCACCUGCGCCAGUAGUUCAGUUCGGGACUGAUCGCUCCAGCAAACUCGUAACGAGAGCAGAAAUCUCGAAUUCCACCAUGAGCAGCGGAUACAGCAGCCAAACGACCAUCAAACGGACCGUACAGGGUGGAAACACCUCAUCGAUCCGGAGUAGUUUUGGUGGUGGCAGCGGUUCCUUGCGAAGAGCUGGUGGCAGAAAGGCCAUGAGUAUGAUUUCAGGAAGGGUAGGAUCAUUUGGAGGAGGAGGAGUGGGAAUGACAAGACGUCUGAUUUCCAGCUCAGCGAUGGGGCUUGGUUCAGCUUACGGCUCUGGUUCAGCUUUCGGCUCUGGUUCAGCUUACGGCUCUGGUUCAGCUUACGGCUCUGGUUCGAUGAUGCCGGCCCUUGAUCUAAGCGCCCCACUGCCACAAAAUGACACCCAUCUGCAACAAGUUCGGAUGCAGGAAACGAAGGAGCUCACGACGCUCAACAACCAGUUCGCAAGUUUCAUAAACCAGGUCCGCGUUCUUGAAAAGCAGAAUACUCAGCUGAAGAUCAAACUGGAGCUCCUGAAGAAGCAGGGAUCGUCCACCUCCAACAUCGAUAACAUGUUCCAAGCUUACAUUGACAACCUCAAGAGGCAACUGGACACUCUUGGGCAGGAGAAGCUGAAGUUCGAAGCGGAUCUUGUUCAGAUGCAAGGUCUAGUUGAGGACUUUAAGGGCAAAUACGAAGAUGAAAUUAACAAGAGGACUGAAAUGGAAAACGAGUUUGUCAUGGUCAAGAAGGAUGUCGAUGAAUCCUACAUGAACAAGGUGGAAUUGGAAGCAAAACUAGAAAGCCUGACUGAUGAAAUCGAAUUCCUGAAGACAAUCUUCCAAGAGGAAAUCCGUGAGCUGGAAACACAGAUUCAGAACACUUCUGUCAGCGUGCAGGUGGACACUGGCUGCGUACUGGAUACAGACCAGAUCAUCAAUGAAGUCAGAAACCAAUACCAAUCUAUGGUAGAUAAAUGCCGUGAAAAUGCUAAUAGAUGGAAACAGACUAAGAUGAUGGAACUCAAUUCAAUGCCUGCAGGUAAAGGAGAUGACUUACGAGUGAUCAAAUCGGAGUGUAGCGAUCUGCAGGGUCGCAUCCGUAAGCUGACUCAGGAUAUCGAGUAUUUAAAACAGCAGCGUAUGAAAUUAGAAGGUAUGAUCGCUGAAGCAGAGGAACGCGGCGAGUUGUCUCUCAAAGAUAGUAGAAAGUCUAUCGCGGAUCUGCAAGAAGCCAUCAGGAAAGCAAACCAGGAGAUUACUAAGCAAUCUCGUGAAAUCGAUGAGCUGAUAAAUGUCAAGUUGGCUCUGGAUAUUGAAAUUAACACCUACAGUAAACUACUGGCGCAAGAGGAAACCAGGAUGGUAGAAGGCGUCAAAACCCUCAGCGUACAACAAGUUUCACAGCAAGGAAAUUAUGGGGAUUAUAGCAGCAGUGCGAGUAGCGGUACGUCUGGUUUUUUCAGAGGGGGGAGUGAGAUGGGAAUUGGUGGUGGAAGAAGACCAGUAAUUUUGAGCUCAAUGCAGCAAACCAGUGAAUUCAGAAGUGAAUCUUAAUCAAGUAUAAACUACUGUUAGUUAUGUCUCUGGUGUCUCUCUUGCCAGUUGUUAUACUUCAUUGGCAUAAUCUGUUCACUGAAGUGGUUAACCCGUUUAGAUUAACUUUCUGCCUGCUCUUGGAAUUCUACUCAAUUUUACAUAGUUAAGCAACAUGAAAUUAACCAAUACACAACAAAUGUCAAGUUAGUCUGUAACUUGGGUCUGUGGGAAAAAGUGGAAAGUUCACCCUUUACUUCUUGGAUCUUUUAAAAUAGGAAAUUAAUCAAAGUUUUAGAUGUGGUGUUCUGAUUUAUGAUUUUGACUCAUUUUGUAUUGGGGAUUUAUCUUUUGUGGCAUUUCUGUAACACUGAAUAAACUGAAAUUUUUUGAAUC